UACGUUUUGAUAAUAGUACUAGUAUUAAUGCUUUGAUAUUUUACUGUAAAUUUUAGAGAAACAAGCACCAUCCGACUCCAAUUACUUGCUUUUGGUAAUUUGUUUGUGAAUUUAUACUUUUUUUUCAGGUUUGUUUAAGAGUUGUUUGGUGUGUGAUUGCAGUUUUUAUCCAACAUGCCUCAAAACGAGCAUAUUGAACUUCAUCGUAAACGUCAUGGACGUCGAUUGGAUUAUGAGGAAAGAUUAAGAAAACGUAAUGCUCGAGCUGGACAUGAACGUUCUCAAUAUGCAAGGAAAAUCCGUGGUCGCAAGGCUAAAUUGUAUCACAAAAAACGGUAUGCUGAAAAGGUAGAGAUGCGACGGUUGCUGCGGCAGCAUGAAGAGAAAAAGCAAACAGGAACAAGUGAAGAGCCUGACAGAGGUGUAGUACCAGCAUAUCUAUUGGAUAGGCAACAGCAAACGACCGGUAAGGUAUUGUCAUCAAUGAUCAAACAGAAACGAAAAGAAAAAGCGGGUAAAUACCAAGUACCCAUACCAACAGUCAAGGCAGUGAGUGAUGCGGAGGCUUUCAAAGUAGUGAAAACUGGUAAAACUCGUCGAAAAGGUUGGAAACGUAUGGUUACAAAAGUUACUUUUGUUGGUGAAUCAUUCACGAGGAAGCCAGCGAAAUUUGAACGAUUCAUUCGACCAAUGGGUUUACGAUUUAAAAAAGCCCAUGUAACACACCCCGAGUUGCAAACGACGUUUCAAUUACCUAUUGUUGGGGUGAAGAAAAAUCCGUCUUCCUCGCUGUAUACGUCGUUGGGAGUUAUUACAAAGGGAACGAUCAUUGAAGUAAAUAUAUCGGAACUUGGUAUGGUAACUCAAGGUGGUAAAGUAGUGUGGGCAAAAUAUGCUCAAGUAACAAAUCAUCCUGAAAAUGACGGUUGUAUUAAUGCCGUACUGCUGUUGUAAUUCUUAUGCAAUGAAAUAAAAUCAUUUAAAUUCAAGUUUUCUAUCCGUUCGUUUUUGUCACUUUGAAUCCUUGAUUGUUUACUUUUGGAUGAAACUAAAAUUCUUUGAUCUGUCAGUUCGAAUAUUAAAUGGAAGGUGUUCAUCGAUUAUAACAACAAAUAUGUUAUCAAAUGGCAUAUUUUGGCUAUGAUUAUAUAAAACUUCGGAAAUAUCCGAUGUAUGUUUUGUGUAGAAUUGGAUUUUAGUAAAGC